AAUAUAUACCAAACAAAUCCGCAAAAUAUGGUAUUAAAAUUUAUGAACUGUGUACUCCAGAUGGAUUUGUAUUAGACAUUCUUAUUUAUACAGGACGAGGUACGGUCAACAAUGAAACAGGACAUGCACAAUCUGUUGUAACGCACCUAACGAAACGUAUUCUUGGAAAAGGACAUAUACUUUAUCUGGAUAACUACUAUAAUAGCGUAAAGCUAGCCAAUUUUUUAUAUGAAAAUAAAACUCAUGUUGUGGGUACUUUGAGAAAAUCCCGAAAAGAAAAUCCGAAAGUUGUAGUGAAUGCCAAACUAAGAAAAGGUCAGACUAUUUUCAGAAGAAAAGGCAAAGUUUUAGUUAUGAAAUGGAAAGACAAAAGGGAAGUCCUCAUGAUAUCCACAGCGCACUCAGCUAAAUGCACAACUCAUGUAAGUAAGAGAGGCACACAAUGUGAAAAGCCAGUCGCUGUAAUUGAUUAUAAUAAAUUUAUGUCUGGAGUGGAUAGAUGCGACCAGAUGGUGUCAUACUACACUACGCCAAGGAAAACAAUUCGAUGGUACCUGAAAGUAUUUUUUCAUAUGCUUGAUAUUUGUCUUUGGAAUAGCACAUACAUAUACAAUCUGAAACAUCAAAAGAAAAUCAGCUAUCUUAAGUUCAGAGAUAUGGUCAUAUCUAGCUUGUUGUUGCCGAUACCGGAAAAUGUGCCUAGAAAUAGAUCAAUUAAUCGAUCUGUAAGCCACUAUCCAAAAAAGAUUGAAAAAAGGAUCAGAUGCCAAAUUUGUUCCUCAAAAAAAAUUAGGUCACAGACUUUUUAUAUUUGUGACGUAUGCAAAGACAAUAAAGGUAAAGUAAUUGGCCUUUGCGUCGAUCCUUGCUUCAAAGAAUAUCACGAGAAGAGUACAUAGGACAAUUUAUUUUUGAUUCAAACUUUUUAAGAAUAAGUUUUUGAAUAUUGAAAUGUACGGAGUUUUUGUUUUAGUUUUGAAAUAAUAAUUAUUGUUUUAUUUUGUGUUCAAUAAAUUGUUAAAAACAUAUUACAGUCGAACCUCUAUAACUCGAACCUCUAUAACUCGAACCCCUCUUCAACUCGUACUCUCUGAGCGUUCCCUUCACAUUCUCGAAAAUUCCCUGUAUUUCGACCUCUAUAACUCGAAUUUCUAUAACUCGAACACCUCUUCAACUCGAACUCAAUGAUGCGUCCGUUCAGAGUAAAGAUCUCUUUAAGUCGAACAUUCGAAAACAAUCAAAUCGGAGUUUUGGCUUCUUGCCACAAGGUGUCAGCGUAGCUGGCUGAGAUGCUCGCGUUACCGACAUUUUAGGGUAUUCCCCCAACCAAGUGUGAAAUACCGCGAAUGAAACAUCAUAACAAUAACACCAAUCUGAUUCUGGAAUGAAAUAUGUUUGGAGUUGGUGAGAUGUCGAAGCCGCGUAAACUGAAGUCUUUAACGAUCGGAAAGAAGUUAGAAAUUUUAAAAAAAGUGGAAAAUCGUGUCAACAGAAAAAUCAUUUGCCAAGAAUAUGAUAUUCCGAAAAGUACAUUAUGCACUAUAAUAAAAAACAAAGAUACAAUAGCUAAGUUUGGUGCAGAAGUGAAUAACCCUUGUGUAGUGAAGCGAAAUAAGCCUAAGAAGAAAGUGAACACUGCAUUGAUCAAGUGGUUCGAAGCUUCAAGAAAAGCAAAUUUGCCAAUCUCAGGGCCCAUUUUGCAACAGAAGGCAUUAGAUUUUUCCAGAAAAUUGGGAGAUGAAAAUUUCAAGGCUAGCUCGGGAUGGCUUGAAAAAUUCAAAAAAAGACAUGGUGUAUUGCAAAAAAAAGCGUGUGGGGAAAGUGCUGCUGUUAAUCAAGAAGAGUGUGAUAACUGGAUUCGAGAUGUUCUUCCUACAAUUUUAGCUCCUUACGAAGCUGACGAUAUUUUCAACGCAGAUGAGACUGGGUUGUUCUUCAAAUGCUUACCAGAUAAAACCUUAACUUUCAAAAAUGAAAAAUGUUACGGAGGCAAAUUAUCCAAGGAAAGGGUGACUCUUUUAUUAGCAGCAAAUAUGAGUGGCAGUGAGAAAUUGAAACCUGUAAUAAUAGGGAAAAGCGCAAAGCCACGAUGUUUCGCAGGAGUGAAAUGUUUACCCCUUACUUAUUACAGUAACAAAAAGGCCUGGAUGACGAGUGAGAUAUUUGAAAAGUGGUUGUUGAAUCUAGACAAACAUUUCCAACUUCAAAAUCGUAGAGUUCUAUUACUGAUUGACAACUGCCCUGCUCAUCCAAAUAUCGAUCAUCGAUUGAAGGCAAUAAAGUUGAUUUUUUUUCCACCCAAUACGACAUCAAAAUUACAGCCUCUUGAUCAGGGAAUUAUAAAAAGUUUCAAAUUUCAUUAUAAACGCAGGAUCUUACAAACAGUACUAGAUGGAUUUGAGUCCAAUGGCACUAUCCCCAAAAUUGAUCUCUUGGAUUGCAUUCAUACGUCGGCGGCAGUGUGGAGAGUAGAUUUAACCCAGGAGACUAUUCAAAACUGCUUCAGAAAGGCUGGUUUUGGGACACAUAACUUCUAUGACUAUGAAGACGAACUGCCGCUAUCAGAAUUGAAAAAAAUUAUGACCAGUGAACAAAAGGUAGCUUUAGAUCUCCAAGAGUCUGUUUUUAAAUGUUUGGAGGUAUUGAAUGCUGAUGAUAAGGUUUCUUUGGAGGAAUAUAUAAAUGUGGACGUGGAUCUUAUAACAAGUGAAAAUCCUUCAGAGGAUGAGAUCUUGGAAUAUGUGAACAAUAAACAAGAAGACUUGGAAAAUUUUUCAGAGACCAUACCUGAAGAUGACGAUGAAGAUGACAGUGUAGGAGCUGCAAGACAAAAGCCUUCUGACGCUGAAGUUGCUAAAGCAAUUGAAACCAUUCGGCUUGCGUUUUCAAUGAAUGAGGCUGCAACUGAUGACGAUUUAACUCUCAUAUUCGAAAUAAGCAAGAAAUUUGAAGCCUAUCGUCUAAACAAUAAAACAUUUAGGCAAACUUUAAUAACUGAUUUUUUUUAAUUCGUUAUUGUUUUAAGAUCAUAUUCUAGUUUGGAUGAUUCAAGUUAUCAGAAAUGAAUUUUAGUUUGUUAUAUUAUUAUUAUGAGGUAAUAAAUUUUUUUUGGAAAGUAUGUGUUGGAUAUUUCUCUAAGUUGAACUCUCCAUAACUCGAACUUUUUUCGCUUUCCCUUCAAGUUUGAGUUAUAGAGGUUCGACUGUAUU